AGCAGCACGGAGCGGGUAUCCAUUCCUCCACUGUCGCCUUUUCUCCCCGCGUUACCAAGGCUCCACUAUGCCCGGGAUCUAACAGCCAACCCACGGCGCGGACUCUUACUUCUCCCCGGUGGAUGUGGAUAUUGGAACCGCGGACAUGCGAAAGAUAGUCAGCUUAUCCAUUUCGGUGCUGCUGGUUCUAUGGGGGUGCGCGCUCGGAGGCUCGCCCAGCGUUCAAAUCGGCGGGCUAUUUCCAAGGGGUGCCGACCAGGAGUACAGCGCGUUUCGGAUAGGAAUGGUUCAAUUUGGCACGCAGGAAUUUCGCCUCACGCCUCACAUUGACAAUCUGGAAGUGGCCAAUAGUUUUGCCGUCACCAACUGCUUCUGUUCACAAUUCUCAAGAGGAGUGUACGCCAUUUUUGGAUUCUAUGAUAAGAAGUCGGUGAACACCAUCACGUCCUUCUGCGGAACUUUGCAUGUGUCCUUCAUAACUCCCAGUUUCCCUCUGGAUGGGACCCAGCAGUUUAUCAUCCAGAUGAGGCCGGACAUCAAGGGCCCGCUGCUCAGCCUUAUCGAGUACUACAAGUGGGACAAAUUUGCCUACCUGUACGACAGCGAUAGAGGUUUGACCACUCUGCAGGUGGUUCUGGACACAGCUGCGGAGAGGAAGUGGCAGGUGACGGCCAUAAACGUGGGCAACCUGAAGGACGAGCGUAAAGACGAGGCCUACCGCUCUCUGUUCCAAGAUCUGGAGAAUAAGAAGGAACGCAGGGUUAUACUGGACUGUGAGCAGGACAAAGUCAAAGACAUAAUGGACCAGGUUAUCACCAUCGGGAGGCAUGUCAAAGGAUACCACUACAUCAUUGCAAACUUGGGCUUUGUCGACGGAGACUUGUCCAAGAUCCAAUAUGGCGGCGCUAAUGUGUCAGGAUUCCAGAUAGUGGACUUUGACGAUCCUCUGGUGUCCAAGUUUGAUCAGAGAUGGGAGGCUCUGGAGGAGAAGGAGUAUCCAGGAGCGGAUAGUAGGAUACGGUACACCUCGGCUUUGACUUACGACGCAGUGCAGGUGAUGACCGAAGCCUUCCGGUACCUCCACAAGCAGAGGAUUGACUUCACAAGGCGGGCUAACACCGGGGACUGCCUGGCUAACCCUGCUGUACCAUGGGCCCAAGGUGUGGAGAUAGAGAGGGCACUCAAACGGGUACGAGUGGAGGGCCUGACAGGAAAUAUCCAGUUUGACCAGCACGGGAAGAGGGUCAACUACUCCGUGAACAUCAUGGAGCUGAAGACCAACGGCCCAGUCAAGAUCGGUUACUGGAAUGAGGUGGACAAGAUGGCGGUCACUAAAUCGGACGUCUUUGCGAAUGACUCAUUAGGGAUGGAGAACAAGACAGUAAUUGUGACUACUAUCUUCGAAGCUCCAUACGUGAUGCUCAAGAAGAACGCUGACCUUUUCGUGGACAAUGAGCGCUACGAGGGCUACUGCGUGGAUCUGGCGGCCGAGAUAGCCAAGCACUGCGGCUUCAAAUACCAGCUCAAGAUAGUAGGGGACGGCAAGUACGGGGCCAGGGACGCGGAGACCAAGAUAUGGAACGGCAUGGUGGGGGAGCUGGUGUACGGGAAAGCAGACAUCGCCGUCGCUCCUCUGACCAUCACCCUGGUGCGAGAGGAGGUCAUCGACUUCUCCAAACCCUUCAUGUCCCUGGGGAUCUCCAUCAUGAUCAAGAAGCCUCAGAAGUCCAAACCGGGCGUCUUCUCCUUCCUGGACCCUCUGGCCUACGAGAUCUGGAUGUGCAUCGUGUUCGCCUACAUCGGGGUCAGCGUGGUGCUCUUCCUGGUCAGCCGCUUCAGUCCGUAUGAGUGGCACACGGAGGAAUACGAAGACGGGCAGAUUCAAACCAACGAGUCGACGAAUGAGUUUGGGAUAUUCAACAGCUUGUGGUUCUCUCUGGGGGCGUUCAUGAGGCAGGGCUGUGACAUCUCGCCUAGGUCUCUGUCUGGUCGUAUAGUUGGAGGCGUGUGGUGGUUUUUCACGCUGAUCAUCAUCUCAUCUUACACGGCUAACCUGGCUGCCUUCCUCACUGUGGAGAGGAUGGUGUCCCCCAUAGAGAGUGCAGAGGACCUGGCCAAGCAGACCGAGAUCUCCUAUGGUACACUGGACUCUGGAUCCACCAAAGAGUUCUUCAGGCGCUCCAAAAUCGCUCUGUUUGACAAAAUGUGGACGUACAUGAAAAGCGCUGAGCCCUCUGUGUUUGUGAAAACCACAGCGGAGGGCGUGCAGAGGGUGCGUAAGUCCAAGGGCAAGUACGCCUACCUGCUGGAGUCCACUAUGAACGAGUACAUCGAGCAGAGGAAGCCCUGCGACACCAUGAAAGUUGGGGGUAACCUGGACUCCAAAGGCUACGGGAUCGCGACGCCCAAAGGAUCCUCAUUAAGAAAUGCGGUUAACCUCGCAGUACUAAAACUGAAUGAGCAAGGCCUGUUGGACAAAUUGAAAAACAAAUGGUGGUACGACAAAGGAGAGUGCGGCAGCGGGGGAGGUGAUUCCAAGGAGAAGACAAGUGCCCUCAGCCUGAGCAACGUGGCUGGGGUCUUCUACAUCCUGGUCGGCGGACUGGGUUUGGCCAUGCUGGUGGCUUUGAUUGAGUUCUGUUACAAGUCCAGAGCCGAGGCCAAACGAAUGAAGGUGGCAAAGAAUGCACAGAAUAUUAACCCAACUUCCUCGCAGAAUUCUCAGAAUUUUGCAACUUAUAAGGAAGGUUACAACAUGACCUUCGGGGACGCCAUGCGCAACAAGGCCCGCCUCUCGGUGACAGGGAGCACGGGUGAGAACGGCCGCGUCAUGACUCCAGAAUUUCCCAAAGCUGUGCACUCAGUCCCGUACGUGAGGCCCGACAUGGGACUGAACGUCAGCCUAACCGAUCUCUCCUGAUCUUUGACGAACUCCUGAGUGCCUUACAAGGGUUUCCAUAGAGCGGGAUUCUAUUUCUUCUUCUUCUCCAACCCUCCCUUCAAGUGUUUCCGGCGCUUUUUUUCUGUCAUUGUGGUGAAAAUACAGCGCUACAAGAUGGAGGCUUCAUUUCGUCGAUUACAAAGACUAGUGUUGUCGCGCUCUGUCUUGACUUCCCGGUAUAGAAAAAGGUACCCUCGCUCUCUCUCGGUGGAAUGACGUUUUGGAUUAUAAAGGUUGUUUUUUUUAAUCUGGUGACACCAUGCUUUCCUCUGUGUGUGCACUGUGAGGAGGCGGAAAUGAGGGUUUGAUUGACAGCUCUGGGAUGUGUUUUGUGCGCCUGAUUCCAUGGUACGUGCGCGUGUGCAUUUGUAUGUACGCCUAUUCAGGUCUGUCCAGAACACUGUUUCUGUAGCCACCACCUCCAAACUGGAUUUUCAAGCACACUUGAUAUCAUCUGCAUAAAGAUGUGAAUUGUCUUUUUUUUUUCUAAGAAAAUCUCUGAAAAAAUGUUUGUUGAAAAAAAUAUUUUUAUGUAUUUUCACAAAAUAGCUUUUAAAUACUUGCUUACAUACUGGUUGAAUAUACAUAAUGUGUGAGUAUAACGAAAGAAAAAAUACUAAACAGCUUCUAUUCAGAUUUUUAAAGCCAAAAACAUUGCGAGGUGUUGAAUCAUGUAAUUAAUUCCUAUUCUAAACUUUCCUGUAUAUUUUCUUGUUUAACAUUUGGUGUUGAUAUAAAUCGUGUCAAUGCGUGACACUUGGACUUUUAUUUUAUUUUUCUUUGACUUUUGGUGCGGCGAUUCUUUCUUUUUUGCUUUCGCUGCUAUCUCUUUGUUAGCUUCCGUACUUUUGCUGUUUGUAUUUUUUCUCAAAAGGGCCAGAGUUUCUUGCUCUAAAGGAAUCUGUUUACACGUCACCCAAUGAGAAAACGUUGUAACAUCGUAUGGUCGUAUGGUCUGGUAACACCACCUGACAUUAGACUGGGCAUCCUCAUGGUUUUACGUGAUGGUUUUCAAUGCCAAAAUAGUCAACAGUGCCAAAUUCUAGUGCCAGUAUAGUCUAUAUAGUCUUAAUAUAAUCAGUCACUGCUCUCUCAGUGAAUGUACGCUCCGAGACAUUCUGUAACUUUUGUAUCUAGUUGUACAGUUGGUGGCAAAGACAAUAGCCUUUCUGCUUUGUUUGUCCAUUUUCCAUGUAUUUUUUGCAUUGACAAUAAAGUAGCACCAGUUGCAUGUUGUUACCGAAAAGAUUACAGUUAUGUUAAAUCAUUAUUGCCAAAUUUUGUUUUCAUUUUAAUGUUGUGAGGUUAGCUGUUUGAAAAUUGGAAAUACACUAGAAUUCUAUAUAAUAUAUACAUAUACAGGUAGACAUAUAUUUUAUAGAAAAAAGUCGAAAUGAGAAAAAUUCUAUCCCCCUUUCCAUAAAGUGUUAACCGAAGAUAUAGUAAUUUUAACAAAGACGUAUUUAUAAAUUAAAUUCUAGUAUUAUUCUUUAGGGACGUACAAAUGAGCACUUUUGAUUCUGUCAUGUUUUCUUUACCGACUAAACACAUGGACUCACUGUAUUGCUGGUAUUACUAUGAUCACCAUUGUUUUGUACCCAGCUUAUACUGCUAAUGGUUUCAUGACAUAUCCAGGCUAUUCUCACUGACAUUUUGUAUAUGGAAUGUGUGCUAUCUUGUUUAUUUUUUGGGAAUAUUUCUAAAUAAAAGUGGCUGAUUUC